UUGGUAGCUUGGCGCGAGCUUCAAGCUCCGAUUUUUCAAACGACAUUUUGGCCGGGGCCAGACAACCUCAGCUUGCUACCUCACGUACCUUACAUACCUUGCUACUCAGGGUAGUAGCUAGCUACUGUACACAACCUCGCCACACCAAUUCUGACAGUCAUUGGCACAAAGCGGCAAGAAGUUGGCGUAACUCUUCCAAUCGGGCUAACAAUCUUCACAAAACAACAACAACAUCCGAUUCGUCGUGUUGUUCCCGUAGCUCACAACUUUCCGGGGCUUCAGGUCCUCCCCCGGACACAGUCCGAUGGACUCACCUAUUCUCACCCAGCUGCUCCGCCAGCUCUUCAGACAUCCUGCAUGCCAGUCACAGCGCCUCACCCGACCGGUGGCAUCUACCGCCACGGCGACAGCGAAAUCCUCCACAUGCAACAGCAGAAGAUGCUUCUCGACGCAACAACGACGGCCCCAGCGCCACCGCCAGUCUGAAGAAUACACGCGCGGUUCCAAGACGGCCAUCCAAAAGGAGAGCCACUGGCAGCAGCGCCAGGACCUUGUCUCGGCCGACCGCUCCGCAGAAUUUGCAUCCUACCCGACCGUGACGGCUGCUGAGCUGCGGCACCGCCACGAGCGGCCGCGCAAGGUCAAGAUGCUCACGCGCGACUUCAUCCAGGACAGCCUGUACAACCCAAACUACGGCUACUUCUCCAAGCAGGUCGUCAUCUUCAGCCCGGGGGAGCCCUUUGACUUCCCCGCCCUGCGCGACGAGAACGACUUCCACUCGCUCCUGUCCCAGCGCUACACCGACUUCGAGGAUGACCUGGACAGCACGCAGCCCUCGGACACGCGCCAGCUGUGGUUCACCCCAACCGAGCUCUUCCGCCCCUAUUACGGCGAGGCCAUCGCCCGCUACCUCAUGGCCAACUACGUCCUGACAUCAUAUCCCUACCACGAUCUCAUCAUCUACGAGAUGGGUGCCGGGCGCGGCACGCUCAUGCUCAACAUACUCGACUUCAUCCGCGACACGGAGCCGUCCGUCUACGACCGCACAAAGUACCGCAUCAUCGAGAUUUCAUCGUCGUUGGCCGAGAUGCAGAACCGCCAGCUGCGCUCCUCGGCCGCCGCCCGCGGCCACGCCGACAAGGUCGAGAUCAUCAACCGCUCCAUCCUCGACUGGGCCCAGCCCGAGCCCAGCCCCUGCUUCUUUUUGGCCUUUGAGGUCUUUGACAACUUCUCCCACGACUGCAUCCGCUACGAUCUGGCCACCGAGCAGCCCAUGCAGGGGACCGUACUCAUCGACCACCGCGGCGACUUUUUCGAGUUUUACGAGCCCAAGCUCGACCCCCUGGCCGAGCGCUUCUUCCGCGUCAGGCAUGCCGCCACCGGGGGCCGCUACGAGACCCCCUAUCCGGCAAACAGGCUGCUGCGCAAGCUCAAGCUCGGCAUGCCCUUUGCCCACAACCUUAGCAAGCCAGAGUACAUACCCACCAGUCUGAUGCAGUUCUUCGAGGUCCUCGACCGCUACUUCCCCGCGCACCGCCUCGUCACGAGCGAUUUCCACUGGCUUCCAGACGCCACACCAGGUCUGAACGCGCCCAUCGUCCAGACCCGAUACCAGCGCCGCCCCGUGCCUGUGACGACGCCUCUUGUACAUCAAGGCUACUUUGACAUCAUGUUUCCGACCGACUUUACCGUCAUGGAAAAAAUGUACCAGGCCAUCACCGGUAGGCUGAGCAGGGUCUCGACUCAUGAGGACUUUAUGCGCCGCUGGGCCUACGUCGAUGAGACUCGCACAAGGAGCGGCGAGAACCCAAUGCUGAGCUGGUUCAAAAACGCCAGCGUCAUGACAACAUUAUAGCGUGUUCCAUAGUUUUUUUUUGGUCCCAUUUUUUUCUCUCUUUGUUUUGUUGGUACAUCUAGCCGAAAGACGUCGAAAAAGAACAAGAAGAACAUGUAACACCAGUAGCUGCCGUCUUGGAGCUACAGACUAAAUUCCCAGCGCCGCACCUGAUUUCGGCGCUUAACCCAUCCUACCUGUCCAGUAUACGUAUUAUCCCAUGUUCCAGCCGGCUUCUCUACAGAAGCCGUCGCUAUAAAACAUGUUAUGACCUAGCCUAUCGGCCGUUCUGCCUGUAAAUCAACGUUGCCGAUCAUGCCUUGGAUGGCGAUGAACC